CUUCAUUUUCAGAUGGCUGCUUUUUGAUCCCUUUGCGUCAGAAGACGAGAAAGAAAAAUCAAGGUUUUUACACCAUGAGUCGCCGAAGGAUCUCAUGUAAGGAUCUCGGACUGGCUGAUUGUCAGGGUUGGCUGUAUAAAAAAAAGGAAAAAGGAGGCUUUAUUGGCAACAAAUGGAAAAAGUUUUGGUGUGUCCUGAAGGCUUCGUCUUUAUACUGGUAUAGCAAUCAACUGGCAGAGAAAGCAGAAGGCUUCCUCAACCUUCCCAACUUCACAGUGGAUCAAGCAACAGAAUGCAAGAAAAAACACGCGAUGAAGAUCACACAUCCACAAAUCAAGACAUUCUAUUUUGCAGCAGAAAAUGUACACGAAAUGAAUAGAAUGCUAUAGUGAAAGUGAGCAUGAAGAUCCAGAAAUAAAUGCAGAGACACCACCCCCUCCAUAUUCAGAUCAAUUGCUGCUGUCUGAUUUGGCCCAGCAAGAGCUUUCCUCAACAUCACAUUUUUUAAAUGAACUACCACAGUCCUUAUCUUCCCCAGAAAGUAGUACGAUGAAAUCCACAGGCUCCUCUUCUUCCUCACUGUGCAACCUAUUGCAUUCAGAGAGACAGUCGUGGCUGGACUUAAUUAACAGCUCUUCUCCUCAAGAAGAAGUGGACAAUCAACCUCCAGCUGCCUCCGGUGACUCUGCAGACACUGAUUGCUGGUUGACAGACUGUAAUGAAAGAGUGGAAAGCGGUACCAACAGAUCCAAGGAAAACAGUCCGAUUACAGUGAAUGAAGACAAAUCUUCAUUAGGCAAGGCCAAUGAUAACUUAGCUGUACCUGGAAAAAUAGCACCGGCAACUCUAAGUAAAGAUCGUACCAAAUGCUCUGUGGAUGAAAUGGAGAAACUAUACAAGUCUUUAGAGCAAGCAAGUUUAUCUCCCAUUGGGGACCGGCGACCUUCUACUAAAAAAGAGUUGAGAAAGUCCUUUAUCAAAAGGAGCAAAAACCCUUCUGUAAAUGAGAAACUUCAUAAAAUCCGAGCUCUGAAUAGUACCUUAAAGUGCAAAGAACAUGACUUGGCCAAGAUAAACCAGCUACUGGAGGACCAUAAGCUAACAGCAACAAAGUAUAGAGAAUGGAAGAAUACAAACUCCAUUUUGAUUCAAGAUUUCUAUCAGCCACCAGACACUAUGUCCACAACUGAUGGAGACAACACAGAAUCAGAAAUUACCCCACAAUCAUCUUUCAUUGGAUAAAUAGUAUUCACUGGAAAUACUAUCUGAGGACAGUGAACUUUCCAUCACUGAUCUCCUCAGUCAUUCAGUUUGAACUGCCACAUCUUCAGGUUUUGCUUCCAUAGGUACUCAUACUUUCUGAACUGGAACAGACCAGUCCUGAAUUAACCAAUAAGAAAAAUAAGCACAUGCUUAGGGUACUAAGGAAGUGGGGUCACCAUAGAGGUUUUUUCCCCUAACGAUCAUGUCUUUAAUUCUUUCACUGCUACACUCAACUUUAGUUUUCAGCACUUACUAAGUCUUAAUGUCUUGUCAAUUAAGCAAUGGAAACGUUGAGGAGCAGUAUUAUUAGAGUAUUAUUAUUAUCAGGUUUAGAGCAUCAGUUGACCUUAAUCUGGCCCUGGAACACAGAGACUGCUGUCUAGAGCAUGACUUCCCCUUUCCAUAUUUGAUAAAGAUAGGAAAAAUCUCCUCUAAUGAUCCCAUCAUGAUACAACUCUUGUUACAGUUCUAAGAAGAACUUUUAUCUGGUGGAUGAGAUUGGGAUUACCUUUUGUAAAAUCAACCAACUUUACAAUAAGGAUAAUAUUUUAGAAAAUAUGUUUCUCAGUUUUCUUAAUGUAAGGUACAUACACAAUAAGACUUGGGCCAUUUUAAAUUUGGUUGAGAGAGAGAAGCAGAACACUUCAGGUUGGGGGAAAAAAAAACCUACCAGGGUAAGAAUUAUACAAAAUGCACUAUUUUGCCACAGCUCAUCAAUAUUUUAAUUGUUUCUGCUGAUGGAUGGUUUUGAGUCACAGAAGAAAUAAAUAAAAGAGGGUUGGUGUUUGUAUUCUAUAUAACCUUCUCAUGAUCUAUUCAAAGGACAUAGUUGCAGCCAUAAUAAGCUUCAGGUUUAUGGGGAAAAAUCCAUUUAUCAUGUCUGCAAAGUUGUGUUUGAAUUGG